AUGUCUGAUCCAAGCAGCACAGCUUCCUCUUAUUCCACGUCGCCCCGGCUCACCACCGGCGUCGUCAACUUCUUGGCGCGCCGCGCCAUGACCACGCAGAACCACCACAGAGCAGCAGCAUCCCUCCACUCGCCAGGCUCCUCCACCGGCUCCGCCGACACCGCGCCAUGGCACUACCGUGCCCCGGCCACGCCGCCGCCUCUGCUCCCGUUCGACGCCAACGACGCCGACGAGAUGCUGCUGCUUGACAUGCUCUCCCAGCACCAGGAGGACAUGCACACCGACACCGCGACAGCGCCCGUUCCCACCACGACGGCGGCAACGGCCGUGAAGCGAGAGGUCAGCGAAGAGGUGGAGGCCAAGGUGGCCGUCGGCGGCAGUCGGCGCGCGUUCCGCGGGGUGCGGAAGCGGCCGUGGGGCAAGUUCGCGGCGGAGAUCCGGGACUCGACGCGGGACGGCGUCCGGGUGUGGCUGGGCACGUUUGACAGCCCGGAGGAGGCGGCGCUCGCGUACGACCAGGCCGCCUUCGCCAUGCGGGGCGGCGCCGCCGUGCUCAAUUUCCCCGCCGACCAGGUACGGCGCUCGCUCGAGGGCGCAGGGGACGACGUGUGUGGCCGCGCCGACGGGUUGUCACCCGUGCUGGCGCUGAAGCGGCGGCACUCCAUGCACAGGCGGGCGUCUACAACACGAAAGGCUAGUAGGGCCGUCCGGACGGGCCGGCCGGAGGGCGUGAUGGAGCUUGAGGACCUCGGCGCAGAAUACCUCGAGGAGCUGCUCGGCGCCUCCGACGACAUGACGACCUCGGCCUCCAGUUCAUGGUGCUCGGGUCAUCACUCCAUCUGAUUCUGAAAUCUGCACCCAGAAAAAUGGCGAUGGCUAGAAGACGAUGGAUUGAUCACUGUUUGUGUUUUUCUUUCUUGCCUGUUGCUGUUGAUGGUCCGGUCUCGUUCGUUCCAGAGUUCAGCUGGACUAGAUAGCUAGCUUCGAGCAUUAGGUUCUUUAGCAUUGAUGAAAGGUUGUGGAAAUCGUCGGUUGUGUACGUUUUGAAGGGUUAAUGUUUGGGUUUGA